AUGUGUGACAAAUUGUACGACGGUUCCUCUUCCUGUUUAACAGUGUCCGAAGGAAAAAAAAAACAUUUUAAGAACCAUGCAGGUAAAAGUAAAUCUGUUCCUGUAAGUUCAACAUCAGAUGGAUCUACAAAUGUUCACAAUGAGAAGAAAACAAAUGAAAUGAAAUGUGAUGUGGACAAUGUUCAAGAAAUUAAAACCAGUAAAGAAAAAAAGGAACAACCAGAGAAAAAUUCAUCUGUUGAAGACGUAAACACAUCAUUAGGUAAUGAUUCUGAUAAGGUAGACAAGAAUCAAUUAGAUGCUGUAGAAGGAAGCUCCAGCAGUUUGUCCAAAAAAAAGAAGAGAAACAAAAAAAACAAGAAAAAAAGUAAUGAAAAUAAUGAAUAUGUAGGGGCUGAGGAAAAGAAAAACUUGGAAAACAUUGAUGUGAAUUCUUAUACAUCAUAUGCUGACAAGGUUUCUAAGGGAAAACCUGUAACCUUAAAAAAUGGUUCAACUGUUGGACACAGCAUACUAAGGGUUGAUAUCCCUGUAAAAAAUGGUUCGAGAAAUGAUGAAAAGAAAUCCUCUUCCUAUAAUUCUCAUCAAAAAACUGAUAAAGGGAAAAGAAAAGACUUUUUUGGAAGAAGGAUUAAUAUGGCCAAUGAUUAUUUCAGAAAAGAAAAAUUCUGGAAUACUGAUGAGAAAAGAAGAAAAAGAUUAUGCUCUUAUGAGAACAAGGAAAGAGCAUCAUAUUAUAAUGAGAAAAGAAGGAAAAGAUCAUAUACUUAUGAUUACAGAGAAAAGGGAUCAAAUUCUGAUGAUAAAAGGGGAAAUGUAUCAAAUUUUCAUCAGAAAAAGGAAAGACCAUCAACCUGUUGUGAGAAAAUGGGUAAAUCUUCAAGUUCUGAUGAGAAAAGGGAAGAAAUAUUAUUCUCUGAUGAAAUAUUUGAAGAUAUAUCAAAUUUUGAUGAAAACAAGGAAAACAUGUGGAAGGUAGUUAAAAAAAGAGACAAGAAAAGGAAAGGUGAUCAGAAAAGGUUAAGUAGUUCAAGCGAAUAUUAUGAAAAAAAUAUAAUAUCAAGUUCUCAAGAAAACGAACCAAAAAAGUUGAGGAUUGUACAAAAAAAGGAUAGAAAGAUGAAAGUUGAUUCAUUAUCUUCAAAAAGAACCAAGUUUCAAGAACUCAUUUUGGAUGAUAAUGAUAAUGAUAAUACGGAUAAUAUAUCCAACGUUGACAAUCAAAAGGUCAUAACUUCAAAGAAUGAUCAGAAAAAAAAAAAGAAGAAUGUUGAGAAGAAGAAGAAGAAGAAAGAAACUUCUAAGGAUGAUGAGAAACAAGUAAAAUAUGAUGCGAAAAAGAAGGAAAAUGAAAAAAAAUCAAAGAAUAAAAAACAAAUUUUAAAUGAUCUUGAGAAAAAUGAAAAAACAUCAAAAGUUGAAGAAAAGGAAAGAACCUUAACUGUUGACAAUGGAACCGUAAACAUAGAUGAAAAGAAGGAAAAAAAAUCAAAUGGUGAUAAGAAAAUAGUCGAACGUGAUGGAAAAAAGAAUGUCAAUAUGAAUGAUGAAAAAAUAAGAAAGGUUCAAGAUAAGAAGAAUGCAAAUUUAAAAGUUGAAAAAAUAAGAAAGGUUCAAGAUAAGAAGAAUGCAAAUUUAAACGUUGAAAAAAUAAGAAAGGUUCAAGAUAAGAAGAAUGCAAAUUUAAAAGUUGAAAAAAUAAGAAAGGUUCAAGAUAAGAAGAAUGCAAAUUUAAAAGUUGAAAAAAUAAGAAAGGCUCAAGCAAAGAAGGAUGAAAAUUUAAAAGUUGAAAAAAUAACAAAGGCUCAAGCAAAGAAGGAUGAAAAUUUAAAAGUUGAAAAAAUAACAAAGGCUCAAGCAAAGAAGGAUGAAAAUUUAAAAGUUGAAAAAAUAGCAAAGGAUCAACAAAAGGACAACAAAAAAUUAAAAGUUAUAGAACAAAUACGUAAGGUUCAUGGAAACAAAGAAAUAACAUCAAAUGAUUCGGAGAGGGAAAAAACGUCUAAAGAUGAUGAAAUUAUAAAGGAUGAGAAUAAAGAAACAGAUAAGAACAAAAAGAAGAAAAAAAAGAAAAGAAAAUCAAAAAAAAAAAACAACAAGAAAAAUGAAGUUGAAGUAGUAUCAAAUGAUGUAAAAUCUCAUCAAUUAGUUCAAGAGGAUAAGAACGAAAUGCAAAGGGCUUUAGUAGAUAAUCAAGGUGCUGGUGAAACUAAAGAAGAGAAUCCAGAUGAAACAAUAUAUUUCAUAACAUAUUCAUUGCAAAAUAUAAAGAACUUAAGCGAAAGGGCUACAAAAAUCAAUCUUGAUAAUAAGGAGAAAGAAUCAAACGUUACAAAUAACAAUGAGAACAAUAAAGUAUCCUUUUUAAAUUUGUUCGGUAAACCUUAUACAAUACAUCAAAGAAGACAAAAAAUGGCAUCUAUUGAUGAUUUGGCUAAAGCAUUAGAGAACAAAUUAAAAAAACAAAAUAUGAAGAAGGAAGAUAAGGAUAAUAAUAAAGAAAAAAAAAACAAUAAAAAAAGAAAAAAUAAAAAAAAAAAAAAAAAUAGUAAUAAUAAUAAUAAUAAUAAUAAUAAUAAUAAUAGCAAUAAUAUAAAUAAUAAUAUACCGAUAUUACACAAUGCGGUGGACAAAACUAACAAUGCUGAAAAUAAAACAUGUUUUGCUAAUAAUAGUAAUAAUUUAAAUAAUAUCACAAAUAAUACGAAUUCAAAUGUUACAUGUGAGGAGAAUAAGGAAUUAUGUAAAGAUGUAAAUACUAAUGAAGAAACAAGUGAGAAACAGUUUCAAAACAAUCUUACACAAGUACCACACACGAACGAAUUAGAAUCAUGCAAAAGCAAUAUUUGUGCAGAUAAUCCCAAUCAAGACAUACGAUGCUUAUGUUCAGAAAAUCAAAAUGUCAAUCUUCCUAAAAGUACGUUUGAUUCCUUAUGUAGUAUCAAUUCUAAUAUAUUUAAUAUUUCAGACUAUAUAAGAUAUAAUCUUUUUAGUUAUAGAAACAUUUUAAAUAGUCAUGAAUUAGAUAUUCACCAAAGGCAAUGUAUAGAAGAAAUAGUAAAUUUCCAAAAUUCGAAAUUGAAAUGGAUAGAAGAAAAGGAAAAAGGAGAAAAGAAAGAUAAUGAAAAAAUGCAAUCACCAAUACAAAAGGAUAAUAUUAACGAACUCAUAUUUAGUUCUGAAGAACAUAAUCAGGAUAUAAAUGAAAGUUUUGAAAAGUUCAAUAUAGAAUCUAAUGAUGAAGUGUUUAAAAAUACGGUCGUUGAUAAGGUUGACGAUAGGUUUACUGAUAUGUCUGUUGAUAGGUAUUUUGAUAGUGUUGUUCACAGUGUUGAUGCUCCAUUUAAUGAUGGAGUUGAUUCUCAAUUUGAUAAUACAGUUGAUCCUCAAUUUGAUAAUACAGUUGAUCCUCAAUUUGAUAAUACAUUUGAUUCUCAAUUUGAUAAUAGGAUUGAUGAUAAUAUUGAUAAUGUGGUAGAUAAUUAUCAUAACUCUAAUCCUUUUAUUAGCACAGAAAUAAUUCAAAACGAUCAAAUAUUAGAUGAAGAAGAUAUUAUUGAUGAAAAGAGAAAAUAUGGGGAAUCAUAUAUUAGUAGUAUGAAUAAAGAUACUGAAUGUAUAAAUGAAGAAAAUACCAAUAUAAAUAGAUUAACACAUAAUUAUAUAUUUUUAAUUGACCCAAAUGAUAUAGGAAAUGCAUCACCAGAAUAUAAACAAAAAAAACGUACGUUUUAUAGAACUAAUGGUCAAUUAGCUAAAAAAAUGAAAAAUGAAAAAAAACAGAACAAAAAUAUACAAUAUAAGGAAAUGAAGGAAAAUAUAGAAAAUAUAGAAAUAAAAAAAAAAAAAGAAAAAGAGGAAGAACAAGAAGAACAAGAAGAACAAGAAGAACAAGAAGAAGAACAAGAAGAAGAACAAGAAGAACAAGAACAAGAAGAAGAACAAGAAGAACAAGAAGAACAAGAAGAACAAGAAGAACAAGAAGAACAAGAAGAACAAGAAGCACAAGAAGAACAACAAGAGGAACAAGAACAAGAACAAGAAGAACAAGAAGAACAAGAAGAAGAACAAGAAGAACAAGAAGAACAAGAAGAACAAGAAGAACAACAAGAAGAACAAGAAGAACAAGAAGAACAAGAAGAACAAGAACAAGAAGAACAAGAAGAACAACAAGAAGAACAAGAAGAACAAGAAGAACAAGAAGAACAAGAAGAACAAGAAGAAGAACAAGAAGAACAAGAAGAACAAGAAGAACAAGAAGAAGAACAAGAAGAACAAGAAGAAGAACAAGAAGAACAAGAAGAACAAGAAGAACAAGAAGAACAACAAGAAGAAAAGAAUGGAAACAAAGCACAAAGUAUUUUUGAUAUUAUUUAUAAUCAUUAUGUUAAUAAUGUAAAACAUUAUGCUUUUAGUACUAAUGCCUUUUAUAAUUUCAGAGGUAGAUAUAAAUUUAUAUAUAAUGACGGUAUGAAUUUAGAUUUAUUUUUAAUCAUUACUAAGCACUAUAAAAUAUUAAAACAUUUACUUAGUAAAAAAGAAUUAGAAGAAAUAUUCUUAAAAGAAUCUAAAGGAAAUACAUUUAUUCAAUCAAAAACAUUUAAAAAUAUUUUAAUGAUAUGUGCUCGAAAUGGUUUUAAUAAACCACCACAUAAUAUUCAUUUUAUAGAUAACAAGAAAAUCCAUACUAACUUAAUUCAGUGGCUUAUAAAUCAUUCACCUGAAAACCAAAAACAAUUAAUCCUAAAAAGUUCAGAAAUAAUUAAUCUCAACCUUUCAAGUGAAAGUCAUAAAACAAUGAAUUUACAAAAAGCAGAUACCAAGACUUUGUCUGAUUCAAAGCAUGGAUCAUUUAAAAGUAAAUUAUACUCUUCAACCUUUAUGAAAAAAAAAAAAUAA